AUUAUUUACGUUUUUCUCAAAAAGUUGUGUGGUUGCUGAAGAAGCAAGCCAAGGAAGAUCAUGAAGAAGCCUGUGAAAUACUUUGUGGUUGAUGCAUUCACUGAGUCAGCCUUUAAGGGAAACCAAGCAGCUGUUUGUUUUCUUGAAAAAGACCAUGAGAGAGACGACUCUUGGCUUCAGUUGCUUGCUGCUGAGUUUGACCUACCCUUGACUUGUUUUCUUACUCCCAUCACCGGUUCUGAUCCUCUACAUCCACAAUGCUUUCUUCUCAGGUGGUUCACCUCUGUAGCCGAGAUGGAUAUAUGUGGUCAUGGAACAUUAGCAUCGGCUCAUACUCUCUUGUCAAACGGUUUGGUUGGUUCUUCUGAGACGGUUGAGUUUUUCACUCACUCGGGGAUUCUAACUGCUAAAAAGGUCGAUGAUUGUGAAACCAAAGGAUCUUUCUUGAUAGAAAUGAACUUCCCAGUGAUUACAACUUGUGAGUACAGCUCCAAUGAUUUCUCCAAGUUCUCUAAAGCCUUGAACGGAGCUACCAUUGUUGAUGUCAGAGGAACUACAAAAGAUAAACUCGUCUUUAAACCCUUGAAGGGAGCUACUAAAUCAACUUCAACAGAUCAAAUCAUGGUUGUACUUUCAUCUUGGGAGGCUGUGGCUGAGUUGCAACCAAGAACUGAGGAUAUCAUGAAAUGCCCUGGCAAAGUGAUGAUUGUUACCGCUCCUGCUCCUGAAGGAUCUGCUUAUGAUUUCUGCAGUCGACUCUUUGCUCCUAAACUAGGGCUCAAUGAGGACUCUGUCUGUGGAAGUGCACAUUGUGCAUUAGCACAUUACUGGAGUCUCAAGCUGAACAAAUGUGAUUUCAUCGCCUACGUGGCUUCGCAUAGGAGUGGAGAACUGAAGGUUCAUUAUGAUAAGGCGAAGCAGAGGGUCUUGCUCACUGGCAAAGCUGUGACUGUGAUGAACGGCUCUGUCUUAGUUUAA